UGGCUUGGAUCUGGUAUAAAAGCAGCUGAGAACACAGUAACCAGCAUAGAACACAGAAUGAGUCCCAAGAGCGAAGUCAUCAUCAUUGCAGCUGUGCUCUGCUUCCUGCUGGCCUGCGUUGAGGGUCAACUGACAUUCUCACCGGACUGGGGUAAACGUUCGGUGGGCGGUGCUGGCGGCGGCAGCUCGGGCUCCUUCUUUGAAUCGCAGCAGGGUAACUGCAAGACCUCCAACGAAAUGCUGCUCGAGAUCUUCCGCUUUGUACAGUCGCAGGCCCAGCUCUUUCUCGACUGCAAGCAUCGCGAGUAGGAGAAGGCUCCAAUUCUUAAGCUCCUCCGAUCCGAGAAGAACACACACACACACAGCCACAUAUUAAUCCAUAUAUAUAUACACUAAACAUAUACAUAUAUCGAUGUCCAUAUACUAUACACACACGUUAUCGAGGGUAGUCGUAGUCGGCAUUUAGAUUUAAUGGAAUUUCCGUUUGGUAUCCGUCUCUCUUCAUUUAUGGAGUUCAAUAAAUAAGCGCAUCUAAAAGUUA